AUGCUUCAAGAGCUUUGCGACGCUCUGCAGCCGUUCAACGAAGCUACAAACUUCCUACAAAGCAAUAACAAGGGCGCUAGAUACGGCUUUUUAUGGGAAUGCCUCCCUAUGAUCGAAUGGCUGCUAUUGACGCUCGAAACACUCAAGGAGGAGAAGGGUAUCAGAGAUCGAAUUGGGCUAUCUGCAAAUAACGCGUGGAACAAGAUAAAGAAAUACUACGAAGUAACUGAUCUCUCUCCCUAUUACGUUGCUGCUAUCGUCCUCAACCCUACUCAUAAAUGGAGAUAUUUUGAUAUCCAUUGGAAGAACAACAAAUACUGGAUCUCUGAGGCCAAGAAGCAGAUGAAGGCGCUAUGGAGUAGAUACAAGAUACAGCAUAAGCACGCAGUUGAUGAGGAGGAGUUGCUGCCUGCGGCGAAGUUCUCUCCUAAAAAAGGCUUAUUUAAGAGCUUUUUAGCCUGCGGCCAGUCAACAGGCAAUGAAGAUGAGGCUGCUGACGAAUAUAUGGCUUAUUGUCAGCUACCUGCGCUCAAAUUAACGCCUCAAAAUCUCAUUACUUAG